UCCAUGAAUUGCGAGUCAUAAUCUUCAUUCGGAUUUGAUUUCUCGUUCUCUGUGAAAUUUCGAGUCAGUUUCAUCGCCAAUCAUUCCUGCUGCGAAUUUCUGCUAUUAAAAUGUUGCUUAUGCUAAAGGUGGAUGGGAGUUGGAUUGAUUGCCAUGUUUUCUGUAAUAAAAGAACUUGUGGUCUCAUAGUUCCGGAUGAGACAUUGUUUGAUUCUGAGCAUACAUGCUCACUGGAUGUGAGGCAAGGUCCCCACCGUCAAGCUACCACAUAAAUAAUUGCUGAACUCAUCAAACACUGGUAUGCUGAUGCAUCUAGGAAACCUUAUGCUCCAAAAGAUAUUAUUGUUGAUUUAAAUAGAGAUUAUGCUUUGGAUAUACCAUAUAAGAAAGUCUGGCUUGCAAACAAGAAAGCUCAAGAGAAGUUGAUGGGUUCGGAUGAGCAGUCAUAUCAAUUGUUACCCUCCAUUGCUUAUGUUCUUAAACGGAAACAUCUCGGUUCAUUGAUUUUGUUAGAUGUUGGUGUGCAUAAUCGAUUUAAGUCAUUCUUCAUGUCAUUGGAUGCUUGGAUUCAAGGCUGGAAACACUGUUUUCCAGCUCUUAUUAUUGAUGGGUCGUAUAUGAAAGCGUAUUACAAGGGUACAUUAUUAACUGCAUGUGCUCAAGACGCUAACAGCCAGAUCUUCCCUUUGGCGUUUGGUGUGGUUGAUACUGAGCGAAGAAAAACAUGGACUUGGUUUUUUAUGAAACUGAAGGAGUGUCUUGCGUAUAGGGAGGACUUAUAUAUUGUUUCAGAUCGUCACGAUGGUAUUAUACAUGAAGCAAAAGUGGUGUUUCCGCAUGCUGAACACGGCUAUUGUGCGUACCAUAUCUUAGGAAAUAUUAGAUCAAAGUUCAAGGGCUCUACUACAGGUCUUGCAUGGAAGUUUAAUCAGGUUGCUAGGGUUGCCACUCCUACUCAAUUUGAAGAGUAUAUGACUUUAUUAGAUGCAGAAGAUCCAUGUAUCCGUGAUUAUUUGGAUGAAAUAGGUGUAUAGAAAUGGGCUCGUUGUUUUUGUACUCGUUCUAGGUAUUCUUUGAUGACAUCUAACAACGCUGAGUCAAUGAAUUCAGUGGACCGUGUGCCCCGUGAGUAUCCUAUAGCAAAACUGGUAGUUUUUUUGCGUGGAAGGAUGCAAAAAUGGUUUUGUGAACGUCGUGAUGCGUCAUCAACUUGUAAAACAAUUCUUUCUGCCCAUUUUGAGUCUCAACUUCGUUCUUAUCAUGUCGAGGCAGCUCUUAUGACUGUG